AUGGGACUGAUGCAAAAUCACAACACCAUAACCGGUACUGCAAAAUCACACGUGACAUCGGAUUUUGUAAAAAUAUUACAUCAAAGCAUAACAAAUGGAAAACGCAUGGCUUCAGAAUCCAUGAAAAAAUGGGCCUCGAGAGAUAAUACAUCUCAUGUACCAGAAUUUCACUCAUGCCUACUGUUAAACAUAAGUUCCUGCAAUUAUUCUUCAGACAGUAAAACGUUUAUAGUAACAGUGUACAAUCCAACAGCCCAGCUACUUACAACGUUUGUUCGCAUACCUGUCCAAAACUUUUUUCAUAGUGUCAGUGAUUUCGCAGGUAACGAUAUGGUGACGCAAAUGGUACCAAUUCCCAAACAAGUCAAAACAAUACCAGGUCGAGUUAGCAGUGCAACAAUGGAAUUGGUUUUCCUAGCUGAAAAUAUUUCUCCCCUUGGUUUUCAGUCGUUUCACGUAAAGCGGAAAAAUCCCAUUGCUAAAGAACCUUCGAAUGGACCACAUCCAUCCAUAAAUAGUCUAAAUGUCCAAACGGAAUUUUACCACCUCAGUGUGGAUACUCAAGGAAGAGUGCAUGUGUACUACACAAAAGGAGCUAGGGAUCUGCACAUCAAGCAGUAUUACAAUUACUACGAAGGGUUCGAAGGAAGUAACGCCGUUGCAUAUCAACAAUCCUCAGGAACGCACAUUUUCAGACCGAAACAAGAAAACAGUAGGGAAGUCGAGAAAAAUAUUACCUACCAAAUUUACAAAGGUGAUUUAGUUGAAGAAAUUCAUUUGGCGAUCAACGAUUGGAUAAGCCAAGUGAUUAGAAUGUACGAUAGCAAAGACAUAAUCGAAUUCGACUGGUUGAUUGGACCGAUUCCUGUUAAUGAUAAUGUUGGGAAAGAAAUUGUUUCAAUAUUUGCCAGUAAUAUACAAAACAAUGGCAAGUUUUAUACAGAUAGCAAUGGUCGGGAAAUGAUAAAACGCAAGCUUUAUAAACGGCCUCACUACAAACUGUCGCUGGUCGAAAAAGUAGCUGGAAAUUAUUAUCCUGUAACAACUAAAAUAUCCAUCGAAGACAAAAGGCAAAUGCUGCGCAUGAGUGUAAUGAAUGACAGAUCUCAAGGUGGAUCGAGUCUAAUGCCAGGAAAGAUCGAACUAAUGGUCGUAGUUUUAAUUGUGCAAAGAAGAUUACUGAGCGAUGAUGGUGUUGGCCUGGACGAGCCUCUAAAUGAAACAGCGUUUGGCACUGGCGUCGUCAUCAAAGGUAAACAUACUUUGGUAGUUGGUAGUCUCGCAGAAAAAGAUGAAUUGGUACUACGAGAAAAAGUUGAGUUUACCUCUCAGCCAUGGAUAUUUUUUACUCCUACGUCACGUACGUUUCAUGAGUGGAGCCAGUGGUUUGAAUAA